ACUCCAUCAUCAGUAUUCACACCCACAUCCUGGACCUGGACCUGAACCUGAACCCAGCCAUGUGUCCUUAAAGAGUGACAGGUCUAUGGCUCUUCCUGUUCACUUGAGAGAUAAACACCCCUCUGAUCAAAAGAUCCACCAUAAGAGUCCAGACUCUUCUGGACCUGGACCUGGACUCAGCUGUGUGUCCUUUCAGAGUGACCAUUCUGUUAGUCAGCCUCUUAACUUCACAGGUGGAUCAUUGUUUUCUGACCACAGAUCAAAGUACCAACAGAGACCAGACUCUCCUGGACCUGAACCCAGCUAUGUGUCCUUAAAGAGUGACUGGUCUAUGGAUCAUCCUGUUCACUUGAGAGAUAAACACCACUCUGAUCAAAAGAUCCAGCAGCAGAGACCAGACCCUCCUAGACCUGGACCUGGACCCAGCUACAUGUUACAUCAGAGUGGCUGGUCUAUUGGUGAACCCGUUUACUUCAAAGAGGGAGAGCACUUCUCUGAUCUAAGAGGAAAUCAGAAGAGCUCAGAGGUUCUCCAUGGUCAAUCUGCCCAGCAGCAUCAAACACACCUGGACCUUAUAUUUAAGCUGCUUGAGGAGAACAUCGUCACUUUUGUAAAGAACGAACUGAAGAACAUCCGGAGAAUUCUCAGUCCAAAUGACCCAGAAUGCUCUAAUAUUCAGACUGAGGAUGAGGAGGUGUUGGAGGAUGAGGAGCAGAGGAGGAGCAGCAGCAGAGAGGCAUUUCUGAAGAUCACACUUAAUUUCCUGAGGAGAAUGAAGCAGGAGGAGCUGGCUGACUGUCUGCAGAGACGUUCUCUUGUUCCACUGUGCCAAAGAAAACUGAAGUCUGAUCUUAGGAAGAAGUUCCA